GCACUGCACCUCAGGAAGCACCAACAAGUAGAAAUGGCAAUGGAUACGAAGACGCUGCUCCUGGUCGCUGCCAUGGCUCUUCUUGUGGCCUCCAGUGGCGCAUGGGAGACUAACAUACACAUGCCGACGUCAGUUGCCACAGUCACCGCCAUGGAUGAGGCCGUGGCGCCGCUGAUCCAUGCGCUGCGGCCGCUUCUGGGCUCGGGCGGGCAGCUGGGGAGGCGCGCCGGCGUGGCAUGCGACAGCUGGCGGCUGGGUGUGGAGGCGCACAACGUGCGUGACUGGAAGACGGUCCCCGCCAGCUGCGAGGGCUACGUCGGGCACUACAUGCUCGGCGGUCACUACCGCCGCGAUUCCAAGGUUGUCAUCGACCAGGCCAUCUCCUACGUCGAGAGCCUGAAGCUCGCCGGCAACGGCAAGGAGGUGUGGGUCUUCGACGUCGACGAGACCACGCUCUCCAACCUCCCCUACUACGCCACUCACGGCUUCGGGGCUACGCCGUACAACUGGACGAGCUUCCAAGAGUACGCGCGGCAGGCGAGCGCACCAGCCCUGCCAGAGACGAAGCGGCUGUACAACAAGUUGCUCUCCGUCGGCAUUAAGCCUGUGAUCCUCACCGGCCGGAGAGAGGCCCAGAGGACCGCCACUAUCACAAACCUCCGCCGGCAGGGGUUCUCUAGGUCGAUGACGGUGCUGCUGAAGCCAGCGGAGUUCAAGGGCUCCUCGGUGACCUUCAAGUCCGGUGAGAGACAGAAGCUGUUGGACGCCGGGUAUGUCAUCGUCGGCAACAUCGGUGACCAGUGGAGCGACAUCCUCGGCACGCCAGAGGGCGCCCGCACCUUUAAGCUGCCCGACCCCAUGUACUACAUCGGCUAGGGCUAGGCCGCCUCCGGAUCUCAUGUGUCACCGUCGAUUGCUCGAAUAAGUUACAUGCAUGCUCUCCGUUACAUGCAAUGCAUGCUUCGUCAAUAAUCCCUCACUUGUGGCUGCUUGCUUCAUUUCCAUAUAUAUACUUGAUCAGUUGUUGUAUUAAUAAGAUGUAUUAUGAAGAAGUGGCAUCUAUCUAUCUAUCUUCGAUUAUAUGUGC